UCGAAUAAUAUUUAGCGUUUAAAAUAGACCAUAACUUUUUUUGUAAAUGAUACAAAAAUGUCAAUAAAAGCGUAAUUUUUUUAAAUUUCAGCCAAAUCACAUAUACACGAAAAUGUCACUUCUGACCGUUACAUUGAUGCUGUUAUACAAAUGCUAUGAACAUUUUCAUGACCUGGUGGUUGCUGUCAAUAGCAAAGAUAACACUUUUGCAGAAUUAUGUGACACUAUUUCAUGUGAAUUUUGUUAUUCAAAAUUCUGACCCCUUUGGAGAAGGAGUGGACCAAUAUUGCCCAACUCCGAACUCGAUCUUAAAUUGAAAAUCAUUAAAUAAUGUACCAAGUUUGGAUCUGAGAUUGGCUGAGUGUAAAAUACCGGUAGCUACGGGUUUAUUGUUCUAUGAAAUAAAUUAAAAAAGUUGCGAAAAAUAUAACCUAGCUGAGAGUAUCAAAAACGCCACUAUGUGAACAGAAAAAAAAAUAUAUAUUAUAAAGAGAACGCUACAAACGGAGUGAAAUGUAUACAAAUAAAAAUAAAAGAACUAACGUUGAAACUAAAUAUUUGACAUUAAGCAUUCGAAACAAAGAGCACGAUAUAUGUACACACGAAAAAAAGGCAGGAAGAAAAAAUCUGCUAACAAAUAAUGGUAACAAAUGUAUUUUAACCACAUAAAAGCUACAUGCAUACAUGCCAGCAAGCGAGUGAGCGAGCUAGCGCGCCGGUUCGGACCUACAUGUGAACAAUUGCGAUUAAAUAUAAACGCUACAUUAAACUUGAAAUGUUGUGAAAUGAACAUUGAGUCCAAACAGCAAACAGCAGCAACAACAACUAACGACGACUAAUACGAUUCAACGAAUCUGAAAAAUAAAUAAAAAAGUAGAAAUGCAAUGCAGUUUUUGUUGCUGCUGUUGAUGAACUCGCCACAACUACAAAAUGGAAUACACCCGCACUCAUGUGUUUUAUGGAACACACCAGAGUGGCGAGGUAUGAUAUCAAAUAUUAAAGUGGAAAUUUCAAAACUGAACUAGAAAAAAAAAAUCAGACGAACAAAAAAUUUCGCUUGAAGUGAAAAGUAAAUUAAAGCCAUAGCAGCUCCACUGGCUGGCCAAUAAACCCAAAACGUGUUCCACAAUUACAGCUUCAACAACAUCCAGCCACAACAACCAAAAGGGAGAAAAAAAAACGUUUUUUUCUAUAAAACUGAGUUCAUCAAUGUCUGCAACAUCAGCUGAAAUGUAAAGAAAGGUGGCCAACCGUUUGCGAUAUAAUAUGACGCAGCCAGCGAUCAUUCCGAAUAAAAUUAUGGUCUUUGAAAUAAGUUUUGACUGCAUGGUUUAAUGUACCACUCUGACCAGCUGUCACUGUGCCAACUUUAACGUUACCACAAGUCAAGUGCAACCGGGCUUGUGGCAAAACAAACAAAAUAUUUUGCUAACAAAAUAAUAGCAACAGUACAUUUGCAACGGAGACGAAACGAUUUAACCAAAAAAAAAAAAAAAAUAUACAAGUAUAUAUAUAUAUAUGCCACAAAAACAAUAACAACUUCAAAAACAACAUUAUCAUUUGCUUGGAAAAAAGCAACAAAUUAUUUUAAUGCAAAGACAGCGAGAAAUAAGUGUAACAGAGUUAUUAGGACCACCAGCAUUAUUACGAAGCGUAUUGCUAAAACGUUUCAGCAAACUGCCACAGCAGCGACUCCGGAGCAGGCAACGGUGGCCAAAAUCAACAUCAACGUGACUGAUGUCAGCAGGAAAGAGAUAAAGGCGCCGCAAGUUUAAAAACAUGAAAAACAAGCGCAAUAAAAAACAGCUUAAGCGACAACAACAGCAACAGCAGCAGCCGACAACGACAAGCAAUCCCAAGAAGAAGAAGAAAACGAAGCCACAAACAUUUCACCAACGUUCCAGAAACCUCAAGUAUCAGAAUAACACGUCAAGUGCUGAAGCAUCUGGCAGCUCGGGUUCGGAGGGAAGAGAAAGGAGACUAGCUUUUCUUAGAAGUACACUUGAGCAAAAGACCAGGCCACAAGCACCACCACUAACCACCUACACCUCCACCACCACUCUACUUCCAACUUCCACAUUAACGAAGUCUUCAGAGCAAACGGAAACGGAUACUUUUAAGGACAUUUCACAUAAUCGUCAAACAAGCGUAACCGGUGGCAGCAGCAGCAGCAAGAGUCGUCUAUUUCCCAAAACAUUUUUGCGUCACUACAACCACAACUAUAGUCUGGCCUGGUUUUGGAGAUUACUGCUGCUAACACUGCUCUGUGAAAUGCCCGUUCUCAGCUCUGCCGACUGGCUAAUGGACUGUGGUGACUGCCAUUGCAAGUGGAAUUCGGGUAAGAAAACGGCUGAUUGUAAAAAUCUCACCUUGUCUUCGGUACCGGAAAAUCUGAGUAACGAGGUUCAGGUUUUGGAUUUAUCCUUUAAUCGCAUCGUUUAUUUGGAGGAAAAUGCCUUUCUAACGGCCGAUUUGACGAAUCUGCACAAGUUGUAUAUACGCAAUAGCUCGCUGCAGCACAUCGAUCCACGGACGUUUACCCAGUUGGAAAUACUCAUAGAACUGGAUUUGUCCAAUAAUUUGCUGAAGCUGCUGCAGGCCAACCUCUUUGCCCGUUUAGUUAAGGUACGAGCCAUUGUCCUCAACGGCAAUCUGCUGGAAGCCUUGGGUGAUGGCAUUUUUCAAAAUCUCAAAUAUCUUCACAAAAUCGAGCUAAAGGAUAAUCGCUUGGUUAAAAUUGCCAACCAGGUUUUCGUAAAUGUUCCCCUGCUUUCACAAAUCUAUUUGAACAAUAAUCGCUUGAAUUUCUUGCGCAAAGAAAGUUUCGAAAAUGUCAAACGUUUGACCGCCCUGUCAUUGGAUGGCAAUCCCUGGAAUUGCACCUGUGAAUUGCAAAUAUUUCGUGAUUUUGUGUUGCGUCGAAAUCUCUAUACACCACCCACUGCCUGUUAUUAUCCAGCCCAGCUGAGGGGCAUGCUCUGGAUAGAAGAUCAGCCGGAAGCGUUUGCAUGCAAACCACGAAUUAUUUUUCCCGCCAAAGGAGCUUCCAUCACCACCUCCAAGGAAAAUGUCACCCUCGUGUGCCGUGUUCAUGCCUCGGCCAAUACCCACAUUGCCUGGGACUAUAAUAAGCAAAUAUAUCGCAGUACUAGUUCUGGUCAGGCAACACCACAGCUGCAGCAGCCGCAGCCGCAGCGAAUUUUCAUACAAAUCAUUGAGGAUGACCAAUCAAAGGAAAAGGAAUUCGGUCGCAAUGUUUACAUAUCACGGCUCACCAUAUUGGGCGCGGACAAAACCGAUGAGGGCACCUACACUUGCAUUGCCGAGAAUGCCGGUGGUAAGGAUUCCGUUCAAAUGACUUUGCUCGUGGAGAAGCCCAGUGGUCGCGAGCUGUUGCAGGGCAAUUUGGCUGCAGUCAUCUCGUUAAUGGCUUUGGGUCUUUUGAGUGUGUCCGUGUUCCUGGCCAUGGUUACCUGUUGCAUCUACAAACGUUUCAUUGCCUCGACGGCAGCGCAUCAUCGGCAUCACCAUCUCGACUUAAGUGGCAAUGAUCCGCUGACAUCACAUGGCACGGUUGUGGCCAAUCAUGGUACCACGACCGUGGCUGGUAAUACAGACGUCAUGUUGGGUGUUGUCAAUGGGCUGGUGGUUGAUAAUGGAGGCAGCAAUAGCAGCGAUACCCUGAAAUAUAAAAAACAUCAGCAGACAACCAUUAAUGGGGGCAGUUCCAUAAUUAAAGACAAAUACACAGAGCUGCUAAAACAAAAUGGUGGCAGUGGGGGUGGUGGUGGUGGAGGUGUAGGAGGAAAUGGAGGUGAUAGCAUGGGUACCGGCAACUCACCUUUGAUGGAAUCUAUCAGCGUUAGUGGGGGUGGUGGCGGCGGCGGUGUUGGAGGCGUUGGCAAGAAGGCAGUAAGCUGUGAUGUCCAACUAGGUCAAUUGGAGAAAAAGUACUAUGAGCAGCACAACAAUGAUGAUCUGCUUACCAUUAAAUAUCCACAUGGACGAGCACCAGCGGAAACGAAUGCGGCGGUGGUGACAGGAACAACGGGGCAUCACAGCUUAAGUCGUAGUAAUGAUGGUUUAUUAAAUGGCAGUGGGACUGUGGACUUUCAACCGGAUUUACUGCCAUCCUAUGCCAGUCAGAAAACCAAAAGUAUGCAACAUCAAAAUCAACAGCAGGACUUUAUGUAUAGUCCUGUGGUUACACCCGGCUCAACCACCACCAACUCAACCACAAAGACAAUAAAUUCCCACGAAGACCAACAGCCACUUCAUCAAUUUGCUUCCAGCAACUCGAUGACGUCGGCAACGCUGCCACCACCGGCCAGCCAAGGCGGUGUAGGUGCUAACAAUAGUCGCAGCAAAUACAAUGCCAGUGCCCAAGAUUAUUUACAGAAUAGAUUUGGCUCUAUUAGCCGGAAACAAAGGGAGAAAAGUCAAGAGAAACUGAGUGCAGGCGUUGUCACAAGUUCUCUAAACUUGACAAGAACUUCGCCAGUUAGUGAGAUUCUCAGUGCCACGCGUCCUUCGAAAUCAAUGUUUAUGCCGCAGCGCACCGUCUGCAGUGCCACAACAACGGCCACCCCCACCGACACCAGUAGUACUUAUGAAUAUCGUCAACCACCCCCACCGCCCUACAAUGCCACCCAUCGUACGACGGGUAAUUUGUUACUAGCCAGACGUACCAGUUUCAAUAGUCACAACGACACCAACAUCGAGGACUCAACUCGUAAUAGUCACACGAAAGAUCAAGGCUAUCGGGAGAGUGGCAUAGCGGCGCUGUAUGAAACAACGGCCCGUCAAACGAUUGUGACAGCCUCGCCAUCGAUGAGUUUUCCUACAACAAUAACGGGCUUUCCAAAUACGGCCACAAUAUCGCCACGACGACAAUUGCUGUGAUAAAUUUGUAUCUCAAGAACAAAAAAAAAAAAAAAAAAGGAAGAGUGAAUAAAAGACUUAAAAUGGAAUAAGGUGGAAAAGGAGUGGAGCGGUAUGCUUGCAGAAUACCUUUUGUAUGUAUAUGGUAUAUGAGGACAAAAAACCCUGGAAGAUGGGUCACUAAGUUUGGCAGGUUGACUUUAUUUUUUGUGGUGGUUUGCGGUGAAAAGUCAAGAUGGCAUUUGUAUUCCGACCUAAUGGCUGCGGGCUGCCACCAUCGGACCACAUGAUCACCAACAUACCUACAAACAUACUACUGCGUUGUGGGCAAACAUAUAUGCAGCUAUCGUUGUAAUCGUAAUCAUCAUUCCCUUGGGCAGUUGAAGCAGUCACGUUAACAGUUGUUGCAUUCCCCAGGUUAAUGCUGUCAAACUGUUGCAGUGACAUGGAGACUGAUGAAAUGAUGAUGGCGUCCAUCGUUGUCGGACACAUUGCCAUCAUAUACACAUACAUAUAUACAUUUACUACUGCUGCUUUUGACACUGAUGAUGUGUCAGUGAGUCAUACCCAAAACCAUACACACACUGGGUUUUCACCUGCAGCAGCAUUAUUUAUUAGCCAUAAUUGGAUAUGCAAUGGGGUCAUCGUCGGCACCUGGGGCCUAAACUACAGCUCAGACAGCUAGCUCUCAAUUAUACAUUAAAUUGCCUGGAAUUAACACUGGAGGACGAUGUUUGCAAUUUCAAAGUUAAUGGGUGAUCCUUUAUUCAACACCUACUUUAAGACUUAAAAUAUUUUAAGAAAAGUAAGUCAGAGCGAAAGAGAGAGAGAGAACCUUGACAGAUGUGUCAAAUGCAGUUACAGAAUUUGCAUUCGCUAACAAUGUAAAAAUAUUUUGAUAUGGUAGAAAAUUCCAUUUGCAAAUGUUAAUAAAUGAUGUGGCUGUCAUGAAAAGGAAUGAUAUUUAGGAAAAAGGAAUGGGAAAAUGUUUUGCAUUCAAAGGUUCUCAAAAUAGAAUAUAUAUUUGUAAAAUUAAAUGGUAAUCGAGAAGAGAAGAUAAGAUAAUAAGGGAAUUAUUUUAAGUUAUAAAUAACUUG